GUCAAGACCACGACCUGACGAUCCAGCCGCGCCACCACCAUGGACACAUCCAAGGAUUCUGGUCCGAUGGAAGAGGGCGAGUUUGACGAGCAAGAGCAUAUCGCCGCCGACGCCGACGCCGACGCCGACGCCGACGCCGGAUCGGGUUCCGAGUCUGCCGAAGCAGCGGACCUGCUUCCAAUGGCCAUCAUAGACCGCAAGGGAAACUCGGACUACCGAACGCGGCCAUAUGCCGGCAUCUCCGAAGAGGACCACACCGAAGGAUUCGAUACGACUCGCCCUAACGUGCUCGACCCUGAUCUCAAAGUCCAGACUGCCCUCCCUGAUCCCGGGUUCCAAGUGACAGGAGCAUUGCCGAAUCCAGCCGGCGAUCGCGAGGACGAGAGAAUCGUGUCCGGAAAUGACUCCGAAGCCGAAGCUGGCUCAAGCUCAGGAGACUCGAGUGACUUUGACUUUGGAGCCGUGGAGGACCAAAUGGAUGAUGGGAGCUCUGCCAGCAGCGAAGGAGAGGAUGAAUUGCCGUCGUCCCGGCUUACGCUGGCUGAGCGUGAAAAAAUCCUCAUUGCCGGUGAUGAGGACGAGCACGGAAGAUCGGGAGGAAUUCUCCGAACCAAGAACGAGCUCGAGAAGCUACCUCCGGUGGAGGAUCUUUCGCAUAUCUCCGUGCCCGCUGAUUUGCCGCUCGUUCCGGUCGGCAUGGUCUAUGCCAUAGUCGAUGAUCUCGUUGUGGUCGAGGCACAGGCGUCUGGUGACAUCCAGGUGCUGGACAUGGGAUCUGUCCUCCUUCUCGAAGAUCGCUCCGUGCUUGGCAAGGUCUUUGACACGUUCGGUCCAGUCGCACGACCAAUGUACUCGAUCCGAUUCAACAGCGCACUGGAUAUCGAUCGAGAGCGUAUUAAAGUCGGUCAGAGUGUCUUCUGUGUGCCUGACCUCGUGCAUUAUGUCUUUACGCAAGUACUGACGAAGAUGAAGGGCUCGGAUGCUUCGAAUAUCUUUGAUGAAGAAGUCGGCGACGAUGAGCGGGAAUUUUCCGAUGACGAAGAGGAAAUGGAGUAUAGGCGCCUCCAGAAGAAGAAAAAACUGGAUACCAAGACAGAGGUAGCGGCCUCAAGUGACGGUGAACCGUAUCAACUUCUGAGCCGACCGCUGCCCUCUCGACCGUUGCCGCCAGCACGCGAUGGAUCGGUUGGCGAAAGCGACCGAGCCGCCAUGCGGCUUCAGGGGCCUCCAAGAGAUGGAUUCGGCGCUCCAGGCUCUCGGGGAGCUCUGCGAGGCCGCGGCACUCGGGGUGGUUCGCACGAUGAGCCACGCUCGCGAGGCGGUCCACCUCGGCACAGCAAUCGCAGAGCCGAGCCCUCGGCAGCGCUCAACGACGACGAACCCGGGUCUCGAGUAGAGCGAGGUCGAGGGCGAGGCCGAGGCACCCGCGGUCACCUCGGCCACGGGCAACGCAGCUACUAUCAAGAGAGCCGCCCUCUGCGAGCUGACUACGAGUUUGAUGGAUCAAGUCUGCCCCAAGACCAGUUUGGCGGCACCCACCACCACCCUCGCCACAAUGCGCGGCACUUUCCGGGGGCUGCAGGCCACGAGGUUCACCAAGGGCCGGGCAUGCUGGGCUAUGGGAUGUACCCUCCGAGCUCUGUCGGGACAGCACAACCCAUGCCUGGAGGCGCUGGACAUGGCGCCCCGUCGCUCGGUCAAAUGCCGGCAAUGGGCAUGCCUGCCAUUGCUGAGACUGCCCAGAGCAACUUCAACUUGCUGCAGGUAGCCAGUCUCCUGUCGACCCUCCAGCAAAACCAGCUUCAGACCCUGAUUCGGAGUGCCGGGCUCUCGAUGCAGCCCGGUAUGCUGCUCCCUUCGCCUGCGCCGGUUGGGAUGCCUUAUGGCUUUGGGCCGAGCCAAGGCCAUCCUGGCGCCGCGAACCCACCACCCGCGCUCGCAGGCCCUGGAUCGCAGCCAUACGGAAACGGCGCCGGGCUGGCGCAUGGCGGCGGCGUGCUUCCAGGCUCUGGCCAAGGAUCACAGGGUCCGGGCUCGGAUUACCAGCAAAACGCCAUCAUGCAGCUCCAACAACAGCAUUUCCAGCGGCAAUUCCGGCCGCAGUAGCCCCCUCGCCAUGCAAUACAGUUGCUCUGGACCGAAGCAGGCCCGUCUCUCACGGAGUCAUGACCCGCAUCUCGGGCGGGACUGUCGUCUGGUUGUGGGCACGGCUGUGCGGCAUGUCGCCUGAUCCCAGGGUGCAGGAUUGCGGCCUGGAUAGAAUGCGGUCUGCCGCCCGG